AGUGCGUAGUCCCGGGCACCGCGGGGGAGGGGGCGCGGCCAGCUGGCUAGUGUCACAACACUGGGCUCCUCCUCAGCCUCUCUCACCUCAACAUCUGCCACUAUUCCUACCGUCUUACCUCACAUCUUGUGCACGCUGCACCACUAUGCCAGGCCAGGAGGCAGGAGCACUGUAGUGGUGUGUGGGGCUCCCUUCCCUCGCUAGUACCUCAAUAUGUCUACACUUUUAUGGCAUUAUGAAUAUUCGUAAUGACUGAAGUUGGAAGUGGCAUAGGGUCGUCAUUACUGACGACCAGUCAUGGCUGGCGACAAUGUCUCUAUUGCCAAGGACGUAUCUUCAAAUUGCCAAAUGACUUUAUUAGACAUAUACGUGAUUGCCACUGUGCAAAGGAAGGUGGAAGUUUUGUGUGUAGAUAUGGCUACAAUGGAGUGUGUUCAUCAUUACCGCUCGAGGGAGUAAGUGACCAGGAUUAUGAGGACCACGUGUUAAAACACCAUGCUUUCACCAUGCUUAGUAAGGGAAGCUCAGGAGUCAUAUCCAAGGUGCAAGCAAGAGGUAGAGAGGAGAAAUGGGGUGUCUUCUCCUCGACUCAAAAUGUUCCUGCUGUACUUAAUGAUCCAAGAAAGGGGAUGACGCGGGAUUUUUUCACUAAAACUUGGGGUGAAAGUUUUGUAGAAGUUAAAGAAAUUCCUUCUCAUGUGGCUCUUCCUCAAGUUACCACAAAACAUGUGGAGUCUUAUGUUAGACGACUCCGCAAAAGGCAAAAACUCCUUGCUCGACUAGCCUCCCUUCAGGCUGGCAAAGCACAAGAGGCUGCAGAAGAGUCUUCACUGGAACCCAGUCCUAGAGGUAAGGCAUUCAACAACUACAGUCUCCGUGGUGUAGUGCUAUUCCAUUACCUAGAAACUGUUGAGAUGGAUAUGAGCAGGCAGAUAUCAAGAAAAUCAUCUGCUUUUUUUGAUACUAUGACAUACCUCAAUGCUCAGAUGGAACAGUUGAAACUGAAUCAUGCAGCAGUUUCCACUCUUAGAAGAGGUAUAUCAACUUUACGUCAAGAGGCUGUUGUAGAACCACUCAAAAUUUUAGCUCUGCCAAGAAGAAGAGAUAAUAUUACUGCAACAUGUAAAAAGCUUGAAGUGAUGAGUGCUGUCCGGGAAGUUCAGUCAACAAUCCAGGUGAUGCUGGCAAGACAGGAGUUCACUGCUGCACUUGACCUCAUUUCCACUACGCAGGAUCUUCUACACACAGAGCUUGGCACUAUAAGAAGCCUUAAACACUUGAGUUCAGAACUUUCAGAGCAUGAAAAGCUAAUUGACAAGAUGGUAUCUGCCGAUUUUGUAAAAUAUAUCACCGAAGAUCUCAAUCGCCCUCUUGAAGACUCUCAGCCAUUACUUGAAGAGGAUCACUUAAUUGCUGUAGUAUUUGGAGUACUUCGGCUCAACAAAUUUGAGUUUUUAGAUAAUCUUAGAGAGGAGAUAUAUACUACAAUAAAAGCCACUGUCAAGCAGGGUGUUGUAGAGGCUGUGAGUAAUGUGGAGAUAGACCAGGAGACAGCAAGUGUUGCAGAUCAGGCCCGGGUGCUGUCUAUUGGUGCUUGGCUCUCGCUUCUGUCAGUCGUUACAUCACGGCUCAACAUUGUCAUCGCCAGAGUCAAGUGCAUAACAGAAGUGAUGGUGCAGACUGUGGAAGCAGGAGCAGGGCGCACGAAGCCUGUCACGGAAGGCAUCCAAGCUGCAUCUCUAGUCUCCAUGAGCAGUUCAGAUGGUGAAGCAGUACUGGGGGAAGUUGCCUGUGGACGAGUUUUAGGUGGUUUACGUGAAAUUUUGAGUGCCACGUGUGAUUAUGCCCAUGAUCGUUGUGCCAAAUUACUUCAUGCAAGAUCAAGAGAACAUGGCCUGGACAAAAUGACUGCAAAUGAGUUCUUAACUUUGUCACGCAUCAUUGAAGAUUUUGUGGCUGAUACGGAGUGUGUGUGCGGGCGUAAAAGUACCUCCUUCAGAAUGGGAUUACAAGGACAGGCCACGAGAUUUGUACUGAGGUUCCACGAGGAACGAGAAGCCCGGUACAAACUGAACAUGAGCAGUGAACGCUGGAGAGGCGUCCAUGCUCCACCGGACGUACAGCGCCUCCUUGAUCACAUCUCGGCCACCGAUACUUUAGUAACUCCACCUGCCGUCCAGUGUGACAGAACUUACAAAGAGACCAGCACUAACGGUACUAGGAUUACUCCAAGUACUACCAGUUGCAUGUCCGUUACAAACAAUACAACUAUCUCUACUGUCAGCAAUGACAUCACUGAACACAACUCCAAUAUUGGGAGCAGCAGUAGCAACAGUGACUUAAGUGGGACUAAUAGUGGUGGUGGCGUAAUAGUCGGAGGGGAGGAGUACGUUGUGGUGGGAGUUUGUGUAGUGGUAGUUCGAUUAAUUGUGGAAUAUUCGGAGUGUGCCUCAACUCUAAGGUUGGCAGCACAGCAGCUACUCACCCGACUGACGGAUCUUCUGAGAAGAUUCAACUCUGACACCUGUAGACUUUUGAUUGAGGCAGGAGCUGUAGCCCUUGGACUGAAAACUAUAACAACUCGGAACUUGGCAUUAGCGUGGCGCUCGUUGCAAUUGUUAUUAACAUUAUUGCCCCGCCUCAACACUCACUUUUCAACCCUUCUCCGCCCUAAUAUUGUUUCCAAAAAUAUUGAACAAGUAACAAGAGAGUACCAAGAGCACUGUGAAGCUAUAGAAGCCAAAAUUGUAGGUGUAAUGAGCGACACGCUAGAACGGCAGCUAGCCACCUGGGAGGCACGCUCUCCUGUCCCUUCUCCAGUCUUUACAGGGAUCUUGAAGGCUGUAACUAAGCUACAUGAGGCUGUGUCAGGUGUCUUACCUCGUCAACAGAAAUAUCAGUUAUUUGAGAAAAUUACUGCUGUCCUGAAAGAGAAGCUUAAAGUUCAUCUAGUACGACUUAAUGUGUCAUCUGUUGGGCCGCAGAGUUGGGUUGUGACAAGUGAAUUGACGUUUUACUUCAACCACCUAGAAGGUCUUGGGUUGAGUGGCCUUGUAUCUCAAGAGGUGUUCACAACAGGCUUGUGGCCUCCUCGCUAAAACUCCACUCUCUGAUUGAGUGUAAUAGCGCAAAUUUUGGCUCUCAAGAGCUUAAUGCAAUCGAGAUGUAUAUUUGAGUAUGUUGUAGAUCAUUCUUUUUCAUCUCUUCAACAAACUGUAUAUAGGUUUAUUACUGUAAAUAUUUUGCCAUAAAUGAUUUUUCAUAGAACAAAAUGUGAUAAUAGAUGCAUCAGUAUUCUCCAAAGACAGUCAGUUGACUCUAGCUAACUUUAUCUUGCUGCUUCUGUUUUGUUAAGUUACUUAACAGUUCCUCAUUAAGGUUGAGGAAUGGUCAAAAAGUCUGUGUCACUUUAACGUGAUCAGUUUUUAAAUAACUUAUUUUGUCUGUACAGUAGUACAUAUUUAUUCAAAGAACCAAUAAUUGUUAAGGUAUGAUGUCAUAUAUUAUUAGCGAUAAAGUUUGAAUGUAUGCCUAGCAAGUAUUGUUGUGUUGAGCACCUGUGUGUUGUUGUGUCAGUCAUGAUGAAAAAUUUGUUAUGGCUGCUUUUGGUAUUGCAGUUGUAGCUGCAAGUGGUGAUCAGUUGUAGCUGCAAGUGUUGAUCAGUUGUAGCUUCAAGUGGUGAUCAGUUGUAGCUGCAAGUGUUGAUCAGUUGUAGCUGCAAGUGUUGAUCAGUUGUAGCUGCAAGUGGUGAUCAGUUGUAGCUGCAAGUGGUGAUCAGUUGUAGCUGCAAGUGUUGAUCAGUUGUAGCUGCAAGUGUUGAUCAGUUGUAGCUGCAAGUGGUGAUCAGUUGUAGCUGCAAGUGGUGAUCAGUUGUAGCUGCAAGUGUUGAUCAGUUGUAGCUGCAAGUGGUGAUCAGUUGUAGCUGCAAGUGGUGAUCAGUUGUAGCUGCAAGUGGUGAUCAGUUGUAGCUGCAAGUGGUGAUCAGUUGUAGCUGCAAGUGGUGAUCAGUUGUAGCUGCAAGUGUUGAUCAGUUGUAGCUGCAAGUGGUGAUCAGUUGUAGCUGCAAGUGGUGAUCAGUUGUAGCUGCAAGUGGUGAUCAGUUGUAGCUGCAAGUGGUGAUCAGUUGUAGCUGCAAGUGGUGAUCAGUUGUAGCUGCAAGUGGUGAUCAGUUACAACUCGUGCUUGGGAAAAGGAAUGGCGAGAGUGGUGGUGUAGCCGGUAUCAGGACAUGUUGGGGUCGUAUAAUUCCAGCUUCAGUUCUCACAGGAAUCUUCAUGUUAUGUUAGGAGAAGGAUCUCUUUGAUGGAGUGAGUGGAAGACGUUUUUCUCAUUACCAAUAUCUUAGUAGAGUACCACUACAUCUGGUACUUAUGGUACUUGUAUCUGCCUGUCUACCUACAGCAAUCUGUGGUUAAUAUUGGUGUGUCAUCUGAUCACAUGCUAAUUAACGCUGGACAGAGAAAAUCGGUACCAUGUUGACAUAGUACCCAAGUUUAUUUGGUUUUUGACGGUAGGAAUUAUCAGGAGCAUUUUCUGUACUACAAAUAUUAGAAAUAUUUUGAGUGGUGUUAGUAUUAUGUAAAGAAGAUCAUUAAGAUUCCUUUACUGCUGUUCAAAGCUCAUCCACAUCCAUCCAUCCAUCCAUUUCCACUAACUAUCAGCAUUAUAUGGGCCACCAUGCUGACACAUCUUUACCGGCAUACUCAUCUUUUCCUCUCAUCAUGGCCUCAGCCUUCCUCUUCCUUUCCAUUGGUCUGCACAUAAUUUGGCCAGAUCAUCUAAGUAUUAAUUCCAUAAAUUCUGUUGCCCUUUUUGUAAUUCUGCAAUGCCUUGCAAUCCACAAGUAUUGAUGCACUUCUCACAUCAGAGCCAGCCAUUGAACAUUAAUUUUUAAUACAAUUACACUCCAUUUUUUACUGUUAAGGUCAUUCCCAGACAUUUGUAAUGUCACUGCAUUAAGGAAGUUGAAGGAACGCUGGAAAUAUUCUGCAUGAUGCUUUGCCAUUUACAUGGGUCAUGCUGAUCACACACCAAGAGAGAGAAGACUCCGAGGGGUGGAGGAAGGUUGCCUACGCCAACAUAUACCAUUGAAACGUUAGAAACAAAUGCAGCAAAAACAUAAAAGUGCAAGCAAAGAUAGUAGAUAUAAUUAAUGAUGAAAGCAUAUUAAUGUUGCAUUAUGGAUGUGGAGAAAUGACUCGGACUUUCCCUAAGUGACAUUGCAGUGUGAAUGUUGCCAAAGAAAACAUAGAUAGCCUUCAAUAGUAAGUAAAAGGGUACCCCUUUUAUCAUAUCCCCCCCCCCUCCCAUGGUAGUGUUUUCAUGUGCAACCAAUGCCAUCCAGUCUUUAGAUGUUUCAGUUUAAUACCAUUCGGUCGUCAGAUGUUUUAGUUUAAUGCCAUCCGGUCUUUAGAUGUUUCAGUUUAAAAUAUUGCACUUAGAAUGGUGAUAAUUAUUUUAAUUUGCCAUUUUAAGUUAAUGCAGCUUUUUAAAAAAACAAAUAAACAAACAGUUAGUGACCUGUACUCAUAAACUAUUGAUUAACAGCAAAAUGAAUCGUUUGGCUUUGUUAUGGUGUUAUUCUUUAAGAUGGCGGUCGUUUACACUUUGCUCAUUAUUAUUUUAAAUAGAAAUGUGUAAGAUUUUUAUAAUGCUUUGUUUUAUAUGAUAAUCACAAUUUGGACAAAUUUUCAGCAGCUUGGUAACUUUGAAAUAAAGGUUUAAAGUGUCAAAUAUUGCAUCUAAUUCCUCUUGAGAAGGAAAUUCAGUUAAUACUAAUACAGUAUAUUAAACAUUAAUAAAUAGUAUUCUUUAGAAAAUCAUUGUUUAAAGCUCUCUUGGAUUUUUAUAUAAUAUAGUAACAUAAAUUGUUUUUCUUU